AUUCCCAUAAACCCGCCUCUCUGUCCAAACACAGUCCUAAACACAUCAAUCCAUCAUGUGUCAGUGAACUGUCCUUGACUCAACGUGACAGGAUUUCUAUUCAAGACAGUCAUUGGGGUUCCCGAAACAGUAAAGCUUUUGCCAUGGCCUUUAAAAACCCGCUCGGACAAAAGAGUGGGAUAAAACCCGACGCCACCCCUGCUCCUCCAUACCCUUUGCAUGACAAACAAACUCCUUGUCGACCGACGCACAGGACAGUACAGUACCACGUCUGCUAAGUGGGAUGUCGGUAGUGUUUUCCUCCCAAAUCUAGUUGGUGGUUGUUACCUUGGAACUCCCUCGACCCGUUCCAUUCAUGUGAGGAAUCUCAUUGUUGGGGAGAACAUCAUUCAAGCUUGUGUUCCAGAGCUGGUGGAGGUUCCCACUUCAUUAGAGCUGCGCAUCCAAGGGCCGGACUGACGGAAAACACUGCGUCUGACAGCUAGCUCAGGAGGUAACUGAGAAGAUUCCCAGGAAACGCUUGAAGGUUUGGAAAGUACGUUUCAGGAUCUCCGGUAAAGAUGACACCUGUCACCGUGCUGAUGUGGUCUCUGGUCUCGAUAUGGAUGACAACUUCUGCUGUGCAGUAUGAAGACGAACUCAACGAGACUGUCAUCUGCACCAAUGAGCAGAUGCAGGUCACCAUUCCUAGUGCGUUUUUUCUAAACAAGGACCCUCCUAUUUAUGUCUGGGAUCUGCAUCUGAACAAUCCUGAAUGCCGAGGUGUCGAGGUCGAGAACGAUUACAUCUUCAGCAUCAAGGCCAACCUCACAGACUGCGGCACUAUUAUGGCAUCAGACGAUACUCACAUCGUGUUCACCAACUCCAUCCGGAACAACGAAACUGACGUCAUCACCAGAAGCUACAUCAACAUCACAUUCGGCUGCCGAUACCCCCUGAACUACAUGGUCCAGCAGCAAAACGGCGAGAACUUGAUCCGAGUGGAUGUCAGGACAAUCACUCUCAACACAGAAGAUGGGAAUUUCUCCGUCUCCAUGCUGCUGUAUAAAGAUGAAGAGUUUCAGGAUAAAUGGACCACGGUUCCUUCUCUCACACUCGAGGACAACAUCUAUGUCAAAGUUUACAUGGUUCCAGCGAAUCUGUUUUUAAGAGUGGAGAGAUGUUGGGCCACACCCACCCGUGACCCUUACAGCAACAUUCAAUACAUCUUCAUCAGAGAAAGUUGUCCGGUGUUACGGAAUGACCAGACGCUGGACGUGAUGAGGAACGGUCAAGGCCCGGAGGCUUUUUUCAGGAUACAAAUGUUUAAAUUUGUUGGCAGCUCCUACACGGAUGUUUUCCUCCACUGCAACAUUCAGAUCUGUCACAACACAGGAGGAACAUGCCAGCCUAACUGCACUGAUGAGGAUGCGUCAGUACGAACGCGCAGGGAGGUUGCAUCAUCACACACGGUCUCGUACGGACCAAUCAGAAGGCUCAGUGUUGACACAGAGAAUACUGAUCACAGUCUAGAUAUGCCCCCUGUGGAGACGUUUGUUCUUGGUGGUCUUCUGUUCAUCCUGAUCCUCAUCACAGGAGUUUUUGGGAAACUUUGGCUGCGGAGCAGAAACUCAUAUCCCACACAAGAAGCUCAGCUCACCCUCUCCAACAUCCACCAUAUCUCAGAAGUGGCCAGCUAACCUGAAACACACACGA